ACCAUAAGAAAGAUAGCUCUGCUAGGGUUUUGAAACUUUAGUUUCUUCUUCUUCCUCAAGGCCUGCUUCUUCAUCGGUUGCCGAGUCAACCGAGAGUUUAAAGUCCUAAUACGGUCCUCCGGUAACGGAGGGCCUAGUUUGGUUAGGGACCGGUGUUGACAAAGUGAUCGUUUGAUGAAGUCUUGGGCUGCUGAGGAGAGUUUACUGAUCUGCCCUAUAUUGAGUGUUUUCCUGUGUCUGCGUUUUUAAUUAUUAUGUCUGAUAUACCGACUCCUAUGGACGCAUUUGUUUUCAAUGCUGCUCUGCCGCCGCCCCAAAAGCCACCGGAGGGAGGGCGGCAGCCUCACCAACCGAAAAAGAUGUCCUUCAGGGACAUUCUGACUGAAGGUCAAGAGAAAAUCCAAGCUAAAGAGAAAGUAGAUUUGAUCGCAAACGGAUUGAUGAAAGUCACCUUAGAGGAAGGAAAUCGUCUGUUACCAAAGGUAACAAUGGAUGAGAAACUUUUUCAAGAAUUGUGCAAUCCCUGGAAGGAGGCUCUCGUUGUCAAACUAUUGGGAAAGAACGUGGGAUUUAAUAUGAUGAAAGAUCGGCUGCAAAAGCUAUGGAGACUCACUGGGGGAUUCGAAAUCAUGAAUGUAGACAAUGGUUUCUAUAUGGUGAAGUGUGAACUGCUUGCAGAUCGAGAGAAAAUUAUGUCGGCUGGCCCAUGGAUGUUGUUUGAUCAUUAUUUGGCUGUAGCAAGAUGGACUCCUGAUUUUGCCUCUCCACAUGCGAAAGUGGAAAAGACUUUGGUUUGGAUUCGAUUCCCGGGACUUAAUCUUUUGUACUACGAUGAAAGUGUUUUACUGGGAUUGGCUUUGGUGGUUGGCACACCGAUUAAGGUGGACACUAACACGCUUAAGGUGGAACGUGGCCGCUUUGCUAGAGUUUGCGUGGAGAUCGACCUAACUCUACCGGUGGUUGGAAAGGUUAAUGUUAAUGGACAUUGGUAUAAUGUCCAAUAUGAAGGCCUGCAUAUUAUUUGUGGAGGUUGUGGCUGCUAUGGUCAUCAUACCCGCAAUUGUGAAAAAACUCUUGUUAAAAAAGUGUCGGCGUCGGAAAAAACAGUGCAACCUGGUGGCAGACCGGAGAAGGCAACGGUGGUUACAGAACCAAUUAAGGAAAUCAUUGAAGGAAAAUCAGUUAUCGAUGUAGAAAAGGCAACUGAAUCUGAAAUAUUAAAAGAGGUGCAUGGGGAGUGGCUAGUUGUGCAACGUAAAAAGAGGAACAAAAAAGUAAACAAUAGUCAAUCCUCAUCAUUACCUAAUAAUGAGCAACAACAAUCUUUGAAUAAAAAAGGAAAAGAGUUUGUUUCCUCCUUUAAAGGAUCACAUGUCAACCAUCAAGAUGGGGUGGGGACCAGCCAUAUAAACAACAAAAAAAGAAGAUUUGAUAAGAGUGAAAUUAAUGGGGAGACACGCCACCUAAGCUUGAAGGCGGGCCCACGUGAGAAGAAUGAAGCAAGCUCCCUUGCUAGGCAUCACGUGAAUACCAUGCAUGAAAACAUGGUUGGGCCUAACUUCAAAACAAGCCCAAAUCCUCAUGCUUCAAUAGACUUUACUCUUUGCACCCCCGAUGGAAAAAAUAACAAACGCGAUCAGAAGGGCAGCAAAGACCCGCCAGAAAAUAAAGGCAACAUAACCUUUAAUUUUGAUGCUACAGUUCGACCCAUUAACGUGGAAGAAAGUGGUUCCCAAGUUGAGGAACGUGUUCCGGAGUCUCCCAUAGAUUGGGAGCCUUGUAAGUAAGUUGCUCUUGUAACUCUUCUUUGUCUCCAAUUUUGUCAAUGAUGAUAGGAUUCAAAGAAGUUACUCUGCUGUCCUGGAAUAUUUGGGGGGCAGCAAAUAAGAAAGCAAAAAGACAUUUGAUGGAUUUAAUUAGGAAACAUUCACCCACCUUCCUAAUUAUUAUGGAGACUCACACUAGUUUUCAGAAGACUAAACAGUUUUGGAAUAGAGCUGCUUAUGUAGAUGUGCACUGUGUGGAUGCUCGCGGUCAUGC